AUGGCUUUACGUACUCAUUUUGAGGGCGUUAGUGAUAUCGGUGUGUUUUCCAAACUUACAAAUAACUACUGCUUGGUUUCUGUUGGGAGUUCCGAAAACUCUAACAGUGUAUUCAGAGAUGAACUUCCAGAAAACUUUCCUGUCAUUGAUACAACGAUUGCUGGUAUUCGAGCUGUUGGGAGAAUGACUGUAGGCAAUACUCAUGGUCUCCUUGUUCCACACUCAACAACUGAUCAAGAACUGAUUCAUUUGACAAAUUCUGUGCCAGACAAAGUGAAGGUAGUGCGCGUUGAAGAACGCCUAUCAGCUCUUGGGAAUAUAAUUGCUUGCAAUGAUUAUGUAGCCCUCGUUCGUCCAGACCUAGAUAAAGAGACUGUGGAAUUGGUCAGCGACGUGUUGAAUGUUGAGGUUUUUUGUGAAGUCAUUGCAAAUCAUCUACUCGUCGGAACAUAUUGCGUGCUGACAAACCAAGGUGGACUUGUUCAUCCUAAAGUUACAGUUGACGAAUUAGAUCAGUUGAGUAGUCUUCUCCAUCUUCCACUGACUGCUGGGACCGUAAACCAAGGAAGUACACUUAUUGCAGCUGGACUUGUGGUCAACGAUUGGGCAGGAUUUUGUGGUCAGAAAACGACAAGCACAGAAAUUCAGGUGAUUGAGUCAAUAUUUAAAUUAGAUGGUGAAAUGAACGUACUUGUCGCGGAUUCAAUGCACGAUGCCUUGGUCGAAAGCCUUAGCUGA